AUGCCCCCGCCGCCGCCGGCGCGCCGGCUCCUCCACGUCCAUGUCUUCCUCUCCUUCCUCAGCCUCCUCGUGUUCCUGGCCGCGAGGUGGCGCCCCGCGGCGGCGUCCGCGCUCUCGACCUUCGCGCUGGCCAAGGCGGGCAACACGACCAUAGUGUGCGGCCUCCUGCCGUCGGCGUCGUCCCCGCUGCUGGUGGACCUCAACUGCACGGCGGCCGGCGGCGACCACACGCGCCAGGAGACGUACCCGUCGUCGCACCCCUUCGCCGCACUGGCCGGCGGGGAGGACUUCCUCUGCGCCGUGGGGCCGUCCGGGGAGCGCGCCGGCGACGUCGACAUGCGCUGGUGGGACCUGUCCGGCAACGGCGACGGCAGGGAGAAGCGGGUCUACUCCGGCGCGCCGCUACGCGCGCUUGCCGCCGGCGAGUACAAGGUCUGCGGGGUGCUCGCCGGCGGGGAGCUCCACUGCUGGCGGUGGCGCGGGCUCGACAUCCCCAGGGAGCUCCGCUUCGUCGCCGCCGCCGUCGGAGACGGCUUCGUGUGCGGCAUCCUCAACGGCACGGCGGCGUCGAUCCGCUGCUUCGGGAACGACACGGCGGACCCGGCCGUCACCCACGCGCCGUCGGGCGGGAACUACGACGUGGUGGCGGCGUGCGGCACCCGAGCGUGCGCGCUGUCGACGGCGGGGGCGCUCCAGUGCUGGGGCCGCGGCGCGCCGGAUUUGCCGGGCGCCGGCGCGUCCGCCGGGUACGCCGCGCUGGCAUUGGGCGAGGGCGGCGUCUGCGGUCUGCGCACCAACGGCACCAUCCGCUGCUUUGGCGAAGGGGUCGCCGCGCCGCCAGGCACCCUCGCCGGCGCGCAGUACCUCGACGUCAAAGCGCAGGGGAAGGCCUUCUGCGGCUUGCUCAUGGCCGACUACUCCCUCGUCUGCUGGGGCGGCCGCGAGUUCAACGCCACCAACCACCUCGUCUUCCCCCGCGUCAUGCCGGGUCCCUGCGCCCCCAUGUCCUCGUGCAGGUGCGGCGUCUUGCCGGGGUCCGCCAACUUCUGCGCCGCCCGGAGCUGCAUCUGCCACGACUGCGUGUUCGACCUCAACGUCGCUCGGCCCAAUGCGUCGACAGCGUUCAACUCGGAGCUCACCGCGCUGGCGCGCGCCAACCACAAGAACAUCGUCUGCCUCCUGGGCUGCUGCGCCGACUCCGGCGAGCGCGUGCUCGUGUACGAGUUCAUGGCGAACGGCACGCUGCACGACCAGCUCCACAGCCGCGUCCCUAUGGCGCCCGCCGUGUCGUCGUGGCGCGGCCGCCUCGCCAUCGCGCUCGACGCGGCACGGGGCAUCGAGUACAUGCACGUCUACGCCGUGCCGCCCAUCAUCCACCGCGACGUCAAGUCCGCCAACAUCCUGCUCGACGACGCGUGGACGGCCAAGAUCGCCGACUUCGGCCUGUCCUCCGUCCUGGACCCCACCGCCGGAGCCUGUGACGACGCUGGCGGCGGCGGCGAGCCGCUCUACACCGGCGGCACCGUGGGGUACAUGGACCCGGAGUACUACCGGCUGCAGCACCUGACGGACAAGAGCGACGUGUACAGCUUCGGCGUCGUGCUCCUGGAGCUCAUGUCCGGGUGCCGCGUCGUGCAGCGCUACGCCGAGAGCGUGACGCCCAAGAACGUCGUCCAGUUCGCUGUGCCGCACAUCCUCGCCGACGAAGUCGCGCGGGUGCUCGACCCGCGGCUGCCGGCGCCCACGCCCGAGGAGGCCGAGGCGCUGGCCUACGUCGGCUACCUCGCCGCCGACUGCGUGGGCUCCGUGGGCUGCGACCGCCCGUCCAUGACCGAGGUCGUCGACGCCCUGGAGCGCGCCCUCGCCGCCUGCGGCGCCGCGCCGCUCUCCCGCGCCGGCACCGGCCGCCGCCCCGCGCUCUCCCGCUCCGGCACCGACCAGUUCGACCUCACCGACACCGACUAGCCCUUCGCUGCCGCCGUCGCCAUUGCUGACGAAACGCAGCCGUUCGCAUCGCGUCACCGGGCACUUCCAUGGACCCUAGUGCCUGCCAACUGCAAACCGCCGCACGCGCGUCGCCAUUGGGGACACCAGAUCGUCCUGUCCCUGGACCAUGGCUGCUCCAUUGAGGAGAAAAGAAAAGGCAAAUCAAGCAACAGCGGAAUCAGAAGCCCAGAUCCGACGCCGACAUCGGAAUCAACGGUCUGAUUUCUUCUUGGCGAUGAGAUUAACCUUCGAUUGACUCGCGAACAAACCCCCACAGCGACAGGGCACCGGAUCAGGAUCAGGAUCAGGAUCAGGCAUGGCCGUCGUGCGGGGUGAAACGAAUUGACGGGGCCCGGCACGACGACGGAAAAGAUCAUUCUUUCUUUCUCUCCCCUUUCCUCCUUUCUUGCUGUAUUCGUUGUGUCUUUGCUUUCGGCAUUUUCCUCUCUGGGAGGUUUCCAUAUUCUUUACCAAUGUGAAUAGAUAGAUCAGAGAUAAGGAUUGAGAACAGUAGAAUUACGAUUUAUACUUGCUUCAAUUUUUUUUCCAAUGAAGAUUAUUAGGACUUGUUCAUGUGUA